AAAGCGUCGUUAGCCCUCUUGCGGGCUUAAUUUUUUAUUAGUUAGCUGCUAUAGUUGCAGUAGCUAGCUCACUCAUUCGAAGGUCAAUGACAAAGAUGAUCUAUUAUAUUGACAAGAUAGUUGAGUGACGGCACUAACAAUGGAAAUAUGUCCACGAAGAUGGAAGGUAGGCGAGAUCAGGUGGGACCAUUCCAACCAAUUAGAGGGCAGAUAUGCUUGUGAACAGGCACAACUCCGAUUUAAAGAUUUUUUUUCUUUGCCAAAAUGCCACGUGCGUCCACUGUCAGUGCAUUCGUAACAACAUAACCAUUACAUAACUUCUAUAACAUCAAAUAAGCCUCAAGUAGGAAAUGAGCGAUUAAAUGUUUUUGUUAAACAAAUUCGCCACCGUCUCCCAUACAAAAUAAAUACUUCGUGGUCUUAUUUCGUGGACAGAUUUUGAGCGCCGUAAACGCUCUCGCUUCGCCUUCUCUGACGUUCAUCCAUGUAGCUCGAGCUGUAGCAACAACGUUAUGAGUUUUCUGUUCCUGAAAUUAUGCGACGCAGCAAGAAAUGGACAAAAACGUGCGCAAGCUUCGAAGUAAAGAUAUAAACCCAUGCAUUGAAGAAAGUGAUGGCUCUCAGAAAUGUUUGGAUGCCAAUAACUAUGAUAAGAACAUGUGUUCUGCAUAUUUUCUGAGAUACAAAAACUGCAGAAAAUACUGGCACAACCUCAUGGUGAAUAGGAGACGAGACGGCGUGAAGCCUGACAUGCCCACUGCUGAGGAGCGCCAGGAGAUACUAGCUGCCAUUGGAGGCAAGCCCUAUUGAGGCAGUGGCAAGACCAGUAGAAGGAAACACUGGAGUGGGGUGUAGACUAUACUUUCCAGUAAAGCUCUGGGACAGACACCUUCUUUAUGAAGGUCUGAGAGCUCCUCCACACACCUCACCAUUAUGAUGCUGACCGUGCCCCAUGUGAUGCUUGCCACUAAAGGUUGAUGGUGGCAUUGAAACCUGUCAAAUACCGAUAUCAAUGAUCAAAUCACUACAGCCUAAUGCUGUAAUCUGGCAAUGAAUGUGCAAAGCUGGUUAGUAUGAGUGGAGCUAUAUGGAAAAGCACUUCAAGUUGCCUUGAUGAAUCAAGUGUUUUUAAAUAAUCUUUAAAGAAAGAACUGGAAAGACUAUGGACUUACUCACCUUUAUUUGCAAGCCUUGCUAGCAUCUCUGAAAAUAAACUGAAUCUGUGUUUGUAAAAUUAUUUAUUUAGUGUACUUUUUUCACAAUUGCGUAAAAGCAUUUUUUGGAACAAUGUUGUUGAUUUUUACAACAGUCCACAAGACGAGUGUCUGCAAAGACAUUAAUGCAACCAUAUUUAUCUCUGGAGUACGAGCAGACAAAACAAAGUCGUUAUUUGCAGUCACUAAGUCAUGAUCAAAAUUGGUACUAGCCUACAACCAUUGAAAGGUGCAGAAUUCUGUGCGAUUAGUCUCCUUUUAUGCAUAUUUCAUACACAUUACAUGUUUUUAAAAUAAGCAUUGUGUGCAGGAUUCAUUCAUCGGUAUCACAAUCUGUCAUUGUAUUCAGUGCAUAGGCUGGGUUGCUCAUAGUUUUGUACACUCCAUUGCUAUACAUAAUAGGAAAUAAGGUGAAUACAAUGGAGGAACACCACUGAUAUGAACGUAUAGCCUCAAUCCACACCAAAGGUGACCAUGUUGGAGAUGAUUUACUUAGAAGUAACCCAACUUCACUCUGCAUGUCAGCAAUAUUGUACAAAAUCAUACAAGUGAGUCCCCAUUACUUAGAAAUUUCCCGAUAUUGUACAUGGUAUGACACUGAUGGGAUUUAAUUAGAAUUCCGUGCAGUAGUAUUUACUCAUUACCGGAAACAGUUAACGUAAUUGUACACAUUUCUCUUCGGGUGAACAUUUUUUGUUUUGUUAAUAUUCUGAAAUAAAGACUACAAUUCA